GUAGAAACACCGGCGUACAGGCCCAACUCAGUUCUUCUCUUGGUCAUAGACGGAAUGUUCCUUGACUGCAUACUAUAUACUAAUCGCGCAGUAGGUCACUGCCAUUUUGAAUGGCUAUCCUAAACUCGUAAAACCCUUACUUCCUGUCGAAGGCGUCAUGUUUUUUGACACGUUUCAGUAUCUCUAGAACGUGCUACUAUCUACUCGAGGUUAAGACUUUGAUGACAAGUGCGGCUGUGAAAUCAUUAUCGAGAAUAUUUAAACGGAUCUUUUCGUCCUGUUGAAAACUUUUGAACAUUAUUUUUGCCGGAGACCUGGUAUUUAUUCAGUUAAGUUUCGGAGACUUGUCUUGUCCUAAAUUACUGAGCUCUUGAAUAUGACGUAGUUUAAAUUCGUUUAACCAAGCGAGAUUGAAGUAUUCCUUCACUCAGCGGUUUUUUGCUCUUGUAACAAAUGAUACUCAAUCGUAAUUGUACUUGAUGAAACUUGUAUAACUUGUUAACGACCGGCUAAUAUUUUAAGUAUGUCUAAUCAAAGUGUACUUCAGAUGAAGUCGCGUGAGGACCAUUUCAAGUGACAAAUUACAAGCAGUCUGGGACCUGGUUCCGCUGUGGGGAAAAAAUGGCAAAAUACAGAGUGAAACGGCUUUAAAAAAUCGCCUUUUUCCCUAACUGUGGAGCCUCGUCCCACACUAAAUUACAAGCAGACGCAGACAUUGUUCAUCAAGAUUUAACAUAUGGAAAAGCUUAGUUUUAAUACGCCUCGUGUUAUACAGAAUUGUGGUCAUUGCUGAAGACAUAUUGCCUUUAAUUUGGCCGAGGUUGUUUCAAACUGAAGAGAUCUAUUAUUGGUAAGAACCAAACCUUGCAUAAUUCAUUGCCCGUUUGGUUCUGUGAAACAACUACCCUACUUUUGUUUUCUAAUGUGUCGAUUUGCGAAAGUCAAAUUGUAGACAAUAUACAACGUACUGGACAUUUCAGACUGAAUUCAGACAAAGAAGUCGUUCACGAGUUUUUCUCCGAUUGCAUACCUUAAUCGACGAGACUUUUUGAAAACUAGAAGGAAAGUAAGAAGACUGCACUUGACGCUUCCUUACGACCACUCUACUGAAUUACCGUUUGUAAGUUGUGGUAGGUAAAUCCUUGGAUAAAAGUCAAUUCUUGAUCCAAUUUAGGGUAAUACACGACGUAGGCGCUAAUGGUUUGCUAACUGUGAAUGCCGGAAGAAAAAAACUUAUUUGAUAUUAUGUUGACUAAAUAUGUAACCUUGUUGCUAAGCGACCGCCAUCAAUAAGCUUAUGGUCGCUUACAAGAGCCAAGUUUAUUUUCUCGUAGAUUAACUGGAAAUGUCUUUUUUCAGUUCUACUAUAGAUGCAGGGAGCAUGCGCAUGAAGACCCACUCAGAGACCACAUCUCCAUUGUCACCAGAACUCGUCCCAUCCAGGAAAUUUGUAAGAGAAGGGCCCGUUCAACUGUCAUCAGUAAGUGGUCAUUUGAUCAGCAGUGUACUUCUCCUUACUGAGAACUGUAGAAGGUUUGAAGCCUUCGAAUUCCAAAGGAGACUUUCUUUAUUGUUCUCUGUCUUUUUCCCUUCAAAGAGCGAAAUACAAUAUCUUUCAUUGUUCGUGAAUACGUUACUCCCGCCCCACGGAAUAAAAUAUAAGAAGCGAAGGAAAUAUUUAUAUUUCAUUUUUUAAUUAUUCAGUUUAUUGGACUUUGAAGGCUUGCUCCCAUAUAGUUUGCAUAUGGCCUUUCUCUCCAAACAUCCAUACAUAAUUAUGCGGUGCUGUUUAUUUUUAUUUGUUUUCUUCAUUCUGUUGUUUCCUUUCUUCUUUCAAGGGAAUGUCUUCUCAAGACAGGCAUUUAUUUCUAUUCGAUGAUAUUUUGUUGGUCGCGAAGUCCAGGUGAGUGCUUGAAGUCCAGGGAAUUCCCGUAGAGACGUCUUUCACCCGCAAACCUUCCUUGGGCUGGCUGAUCAUCCAUUCUUUUCAUCUCUAGGUGCAUAGUUGAACCGUUUGUGCAGGAAAGCUGUAAUAGUUAUCGACAUCCAACAUCCCCUUCAGUUAUCACCAGUAGGGUUUUAUCGGGGAUUCUUUUUUUUCGGUGGAGAGCCGUCGACCUAUCACCGUUGUCCUUUAAAAAAGUGGUCUUAAAACUCUCCAACUUACUUUUUCUGAUUCCAAUGAAUUCUGUCUUCGCGAAGUUGAGUGCUGUUGUCUUUUCAGAUCUACGUCGUCAUUCAAGCUUAAACACCGUGUAAGAGUCAGCGAGAUCUGGUUGGCAAGCUGUCUUGAUGACGUCUGUGAAACUACUAAACCAUCGGAUAGAUCAUUUGUGGUCGGCUGGCCUACCACGAACUUCGUGGCCACGUUCAAGUAAGAAAAAUAAAAGAGACCUUUAGUUUCAAGGACGAGAACGACUGUGACUACAAGUACGAGAUUUGAUUUAAAGUUUUUUCGCGUGUUGUUAAAAAAAAAAGACACCCUGGAAUGUUUUAUUUUUAGCACUGUUAUCUUUAGUGGAGGAGGUUAAGCCCUCUCCCGACCUCAAGACUUGAUAAAACUUUUAACAUUUGAUAACUUGUUUCUACCACCACGACAUUCUCGCUAAUUUUCGUAGUAGAAUGACGACGACUGUCACGUUUCCCCGCCAAAUUGACGCUGGUUCGCGCGCGCGCACUUCUUAGUAUUGAGAAAAUCUCCUCCUUGUAGUCUUCCUCGUCUCUUAGGAUGUAAAGGUCUCUGAAAUGAAAUUGUUACUACUGCAGUCAUGCUUAGAACAUCGUCUUUUAUAAAAUUCUAUCUGGAAUGCGGUUAUCUAGCUUUUGCCGCUCCUGCGACUUUCUAGUUGCGUCUUGUGUCAAAGGGAGAACAAUUUAACAAUACACAAUCAUUAACAAAAAUUUCUUUUUCAAUAUGCGGCCAUGGAACAUGACUGUAUUUGCCGUUUACUUUGAGCGAGCAAGAGAUGCAGACGACAGUAUCACUAAGCAUCUUCAACAUUAUGAAUUUAGUAAAUUGUUUCUACUCGUUUAAAAAAUGAACCGGUGCUACAUUUCCGUGUGGCUGCUGGGGUUUCAUCAGUUACUUCUGUAAACAAAAUACAAGCUUUACGCUACUCUUAGUUUAGUCUAGUUGGUCUUCGUCCCUCCUGAGCGCAUUUCAGCCCCCGUAAAAGGCCAAAGCUUACAAAAAUGAAUUUUUUUUUCAGUUCGUCAGAAGAAAAAGAAGCUUGGCACAGCGCAUUAACAAAGUAAGUACUAGAUUAAACGAAUUAAGGACAGUCAUGUUCUUCCCUUUCACUCCUAAUUAACUGCAAUUCAUUUGGGUUCGAGUACACUCUUUACAUACCUCGAUCAAAAUAUGCAUUUUGCUGUUUUGUUAUUUUGAUCGUGGACAAUUCAGGAACAAGUCCAGAAAGGAAAUACUGAACGAUAACGUAAGUCUUAAAUGCACGAGCUUCAAGGGAGUGUCCAGGGGCGUUUAUGUCUUGAACGGUUUGCAUUUUAACACUUGGAAGUUCAAUUUCCUUUUUAAUAAAUAAUUAAACCGUUUACAUGAAAAGAUGGAAAUCGGUCCGCAUCCACGAAUUUUAAGUUACUGACUUUGUGUGCUAUUUCUCAGCUUCAGCAUUUUCUUCACAUUCGGGUACACCUAUACCUAGACUUCCGUAUUCGGAAAGACUGCAUGUUAGAGAUUUUCGAAUAUACCAAAUCCUGGGAUUCACUCUAAGGAAGGCGAAUCCCAUCCCAGCCAGAAAACCGAGAAUAGACCCUUAUUCAGUACAUAAAACAAAGUAAAUGGGGUCUACGUGUUAAUAACAGGUUCCGCUUUUCCCUGCAUGCUUUUUCCACGUAAGGGAUGAAGGUGUGAUAUUAAGACUUCUACUCAGUUUGUAUUUCCGAGUUCGGCUGAUGAAUAAAGAUUGCGUAUCACACUCGUCUAUUCACCACAUGCCUCUGUUGCUUGCACUCUUUUAGACAUAUUAAAGAGCAAAAGGACGUAGAAGACCCUAAAUCUGUUAACUUAAAAGUUUAUAACAGAGAUAUGGAUUCACCGGAUUCAUCUGGCUAUGUAAGUACCACGCUGAAAACCCUUUUCGCCGUUGAUAACUAACAUUGACCGUUUGCAAUCAAACACUGCAAGUGUCGCAUGCUAAAACGUGAAAGAUGCUUACGAAAGAAUUCCUUCACUGGAGACAAUUGACUGCCCCUUGCCUUCCCCGUAAUACUUACUGCUAGGAUCCUUAAUCUAACCCUGCCACUACCCUCCCCGUAAUUCCUGCUCCUAGGAUCAUUAAUCUACACAUUACAAGGCGUUAGAAGGUCGUAGUGAGGGCCACCUGAUCACAAGUUUGAUUCGAUUGUUCUUUCCCAACUUUUUUGUCUUCCCAGUCGAAGUCUUUUACUGUGUCCAACAUGGACGAUGCUUCUACUGUUGUUAAGAUGUCUCUGGCGCAGUUUCACGCACAGGUGAGUUUUUCUUAGGUCAUGUUAGCAUAGAUGGAGGGAGCUAGAGGCGUUAAAAGGUAGGGCUAUCUUGUCUUGUACACUCAAAGCUAGUUAUUUGCCAAAUGUAGAGGGAAUCAGUUUAUCGCGCCAGUCGUUAGCCUUUCAUGAGGGUUAUCCUCGACCUUCACGCGACCAAAAAUAGCCGUCCAGCAGAAUGACACUUGCAAUCAGAUAGGAUCGCCCUCACCCUAGGGUUACCCUACCUCUCUUGUAAGCGAAACGAUGCACUAGAGGAUGAAUGAAUGAAUGAAUGAAUGAAUGAAUGAAGCUUAUGGGGGAGGGGAGGUGAGCUUAAUAACUCUCUUCCCCUCAAAAGGGGAUGGUGCUUAUUUGACAGAUGGGUCUCAUCAGAGGAUUUAAGGUUUGUAUAUACAGUUCGUUCCCCUGACAGAACAUGAACAGCAUGCCAGGCGUGGUAAAAUUUGUUUAGACUGUAUCUUGUCUUUUCAGACUGAAGAUGUUUCCGAAUACCAGCUUUGGGUUCUUUCAGGGAAGGAGGACGGUGCUUAUCCUCUCAUAGGUGAGUAAUAAAACACUGAAGUAAUGUAAGUAAGUCCUUGAUUCAAUGCCUUGAGUUAUAAUCGUUUUAAACAAGCUAACGCAGAGAUUCCAACCAAUUGUAAGAAAUGUGCCUCUAAGAUGCCAUUUCCUGCAUUUUGAGAUCGCAGUCAAAGAGUGGAGUUUUUAACAGUGGAAGCUAAAAGGCCUAUUCUUCAUUAUCACAUCAGUGCAUUACCGCGCACAAAAUUAAAGCAGGCUCAUGCUCGGAUGCUAAAAGGGUAAAAAUGGCUGAGAAACCACAGAAAACGGCAAAGAAUCGCGUCAAAAAAGACUGAUUCACAUUAUAUUUCUUUGACUAGGAAGAGUUUCAAACACUCGGAGAAUAUUACGCGCGAACGGGAGAUUUCCGGCCAAAACGGCAGGGUUGGAAUCUCUGCUAAAGUAAUACCAUAAACUUUUUUAAACAGUCAAUCAAUCGAUCAAUCAGUUUAUUAGUGCCAUAGAUAGGGUUGCCCCGAGUAUCCUAGCCGGAGGCUCAUGUAUAAAACGCAUGACAGAAAUAAUAAUUAAUAAUAAUACACUAUAGAAUCAUAAUCUUAAACUUAACAUGUUUAACUUUGUAUGUAUAACAGGUAAAAUUUGACUGCAAAACAUUUUAAAAAUUACAUUACCUAACAACAAACUACUUUUUCUCAAUGCAGGUCAUGAGUUUCCCUUUGCGAUAAAAAUGAAUCACAUGAGGGAGGCAGCCCUGACAGAUGAAGAUGGGUUUCCGUUCGACUUUGAUCAGCAGUUGCCCUCAAUAGACCCAUUGUCGCCAGAGACACAGUGCCAGUUUAUAUUGAAGAGAAACAGGAAAAUUCCCAACAGAGUCAUUAUAGGUGAGACGGGGGGAGAUACUCACACAGGCAACAAGAGUGCGGAGAGGUCAGAUGCGGUGAAACUAGCCGCUUUUAUCAGCGUGUUAAGGCUAGGCUUGGAUAAAUUCUGCCGGCAGAAUUUCAAGCAGAAUAAGCGAUUUUUGAGGCGAGCAUUCUGCCGGCUUUGAGCAGAAUUUGAGCAGAAUAAGGGAAAAUCAGCGGCAAUAAUGACAUGCAUAACAGUUGAAAGAAAAAUUUAAAACUAAAUAAAAAAAAACAAAUGGAAAAUACCUUGUGAUUAAAUUGAUUAUUUAAUAGCUACAACGAACUCACAUUAAAAGUAAGAUGAAUUACAAUUUUGCUAAUUAGCUCCCUUCAAUAUUUGCGAAAAUAUAUAAGGCAGGAAGGGCUGAAAUGUUUUUCGGAUACCGAGCAGAAUUCGAGCAGAGUCAGGGUGCCCGAGCAGAAUUUUGAGCAGAAUAAGCGAUUUUUACGAGCGGAAUUUAUCCAAGCCUAGUUAAGGCCUCUAAUGGCUCGGGAAAAAUACGUUAUGUCAGCAAGUUUAAAAGAAGCGGCUGAUAGGGACGAUAGAACAACCAAUCAGAAGAGCGGAUUUGCCGAAAAUUUCCCGCGCAAAUGACGCAAUACCGCGGGAAGCAAGUCUUCAUGUAAACACCACGAAGUGAAAUACUGCUAGAUAUUUGCUUUUUGCGUCGUUUAGUGAUAAUGACUAUUGCGUUCUUUUGAGUGUUGAAUUUUGAGGGAAAGCUUGUGGUCAAUUUCUUGCUGCAUUAUAUACUUUUGGUUUUAGUUUCUGGCCAGUGGCGCUCAACGUUUGUUCACAGAGAAAGUUGAAUCGAUUCCUCGUUUUCUACAAGUUAAAUUGUCUAAGUUUGUCAUUUCGCGAUAAUUAUGAAAACCCAAAGUUAAUUUAUCGAUUAACCCGCAAGAAAACAUCGAGUGUGGAAUCAAUGAACCAACCUCCACUCUUUUUUAUUUUUUUGUUGUCCUCAUGUAUUUUUAGAUGUACAUAAUGCUCCUAGCAAACAGCGAUGGAAAAAUCCGAUAAAAAAGUCACCAAUCAUCAACUGGGCCAUGCACAAAAAGACAACAGGAUCAACAAAAUCGAACUCCAUCGACGGACAUUCAGGAGGAAAGUAAGUAAAGAGAAAUAUCGUGACAUGGUUAAAAUUGCCUACUUGUGAAAAACAUGACUUCCUUCGACUAUAUGUUUACACCAACUUGCCUUUUUUUCGGGGGAGGGAGCAUCUAUACACAGGCUAGCCCAGUCCUCAAAUUAUUCAAUCAAACAUGUCGUGACAUAUUAACACAAUGGAAGAAUAAAGUUGCUGAAUAGUUGGUUAGCCUGUGCACCAGCUACUUUUCCCGAGCGGCUUUUUUCGUACUUCCGGUCAACUAUUACUUUUUAAUAGCAUUCUCUUAAAGGAAGUCUGAUAUUUAUUGACUGUGAUCAGCAACGAAUUCCUCCUUGUAACAUAAUUGCUGAAUUUACCAGACAGCUAACGUGUAAUAUCUGAUGGUAGCCUUAAAAACACGGCUCUGCUGUUACUAUUUAUUUGCACUUGUAACGAAGUCGACAAAUGGCUUACAAUCUUUACUCUGUGUUCUCAUUUGUUGAUCCUUAGUUAAAAUUGUGCUUGUUCUCCACUCGUUUCCAGGCUUUUCGGGAUACCUCUGAGUCAGUUGUGUUCUGAGGAUGAACCCGUACCCAAAGCUGUCCUGGAACUGUUGUUAUACCUCUUCCGGUAUGGACCCAAUACUACCGGCAUCUUCCGGAAGUCUGCUAAUGCUAGGAUUGCUAGGGAAAUCAAGCUGGAGUUAGAUGAAGGUUUGUUGAUUUGACGCAACCACAGCCUCUCCUAUAAGCACCCCUAGCGUUGUGAUCAUUUUCACUCUGAGCUUUUCUUUAAAAAUAAAAUUGAAAAUUAAGUUAUAUAUAAACUUUCCACCGAAAAGCAAUAAGCUCCUAGCGUUGGAUGAGCCCCCUUUAAAGUGCACAUGAAAAAGCAAGGUUUCCUUUGAAACUUGUUAAGGAAAUCUUGCUUGUGGAAAUACUCCUCAAAAAACCCAGUACAAAACCACAAAAAAACUAAGCCCCAAGAGUUCGAAAUAGAGGAAAUACGGUAUAGUCAGUGAUUGAAUCAUCAGUAUGUUAGUGUGUGCAGUUUCCUUGUUAAUUGAGUUGCCGUUUUCUUUUAGGUAAAAUCUGUGACUUUGAAGAUGUUUCGGAAGUUGUAGCUGCCUCUGUAUUUAAGGUAACUUGUUAUUAGAAAUACAUUACAUACUGUGCGUUUUUCUCUGUUACAGUAUAUCGCCUAAACCAAACGAAGUCCUUUUUUCUUCUUGUUUCUUCUGCCAUAAAAAAAUGAUGAAGAUAACGGGUUAGACGCUUAGAAUCAUAAAGAAAUCUAUGGAAAUCAAGUUUUAAAUAGCUUGAGUGUUCGCAUACGUUUUGGUGAAAACCACUCGCGCUCUGCCAGUGACUAGAGGACUGAUUUUUCUCCUUUUCAGCCUGUUGAGUGAAUUAAGAUGUUCCUAUAACUAUAAAUAAGCUGUUGUUGCUCUAUUUUUAUUUUAUUUAUUUUUAAUUUUAAUUUUUUAUUUUCUUUACUUUUAGGAAUUCCUUCGUCGCUUACCUGACUGUAUUUUUGAAAGUGAAAAUUAUGAAGAUCUUGUCGCUACCACAAACCUAGAAGAUCGUGAGGAAAGAGUGCGACAAAUCAAAGGGUAGGAGGCACUUUUUUACGAAGUAAUUUUUACACUUGUAUAUCUGUUAUCACAUGUUAAGCGCGGCAGGAUUACCUCAGUCGGUAGAGCGCUUGAGUGUAGAGCGGUAGGUCGUCGGUUCAAUUCCCGGGACCGGACCAGUACUCAGGGUCUUAAAAUAACUAAGAACUGAAGGUACUGCCUUUUCCCUGCAAGUGGCUUGAACUUCGCGUGGCGGUGAUGACCAUGUAAAGUGGUGGUCCCGUACCGAUUAGUACCUCCAUGCCAAAAUACAAUGACACUUGUUUUUGGCGGGGGUGGUAGUUUUGAGGAGGUUUGUUGGUGGUGACUUCAGUUUUGGCAAGUCUUCAGUUCCACUUAAUACUAAACAUCAUCUUCUGAGUUCUCUGUGGUGGGUGGGGCAGCGUACCCGGCCGCGGACCGAGGUCGAGUCCCGCUCCGAUCACUCCGAUUUGUUUCUUGCUAGUCCCCAGUCAACUCCUCGGCCAUGCUUGUAAAUAGCCAGCUGUUUGCCUCUGGUCAGUCGGGCUUCUUUACACUGCUUUGUUCUUUUUUAAUUAUUUCUUUCUAAUUAUUUGAGUUCGUCAGUUUUUCACUCGCUGGAGGAGAGUUCUUAGCUGAAGCUGUUAAGUGUGCUGACAGUAUAAACAAAGUAUGUAAAUUUUUUGUUGCCAGUGUCGAUUUCGUUAAUUCUACCCCUGUUGUGUUUUGUUUUUCAGGAUUUUGGAAGGAAUCAACCGUUACAAUUACGAACUGUUAAAAAGGUUUUUGUGCGUGUUGUAUCACAUCGCUGAUAAUGCGGAAACAAACAACAUGAACGCUUAUAACCUCGCUGUGUGCGUGGCUCCCAGUAUGCUGUGGGCACCCAAAAGUUCCAAUAUUCCGACCACUGAACAAUCAAACUCAGCUCCCCCGGUCAUACAGUUUAUUAUUGAGCGUUGUGUUGAUAUUAUGGGAGACAGUGUCAGGACAACCCUCGGUGACCGCACCGAUUUCGCUGCUAAUCACGUGGGUAGUGAUUCUGAGGGUAGUACCCAGGACUCACGGACAGCUCUCAGUCAAUCCUCUACCGAUGAUGGGAUAGAAUCACCUGAACCUCUAAGUCCCAAAGGAGAAAGGACUUCAAUUCAUUUAAGUGAUUCGAACUUAUAUGUUUCGAGUACGCUGGCCGUGCAUCCACCGAACAAGAGUAUUAGCACUCCGAACUCUCCGUGUGAUUCAGGGAUUCCAUCUCCAAGUUCAUCGCCGCCGCUUAAGAGGCAUGAUGGCGAAUUUUCUAAUCAACUUAGAGCCACUUUUUAUGAACCUAAUCAAAUCAAAGGACAUUUGCCGCUCGGACGACGUAGUUCCGAACCGCUCGGGUUACCGCCGGAUUCUUUGAAACUUCGACUGAAGGGUAAUCGGAAGUUUCCGAACUCUAAACGACAGUUGAGUAGUACAACGACAAGUGCUGAACUUAUAGAACACAAACAAGCUCCAAAGACUACAGCCAGUGGUCGCAAGUUAGAAACUGCGGUGCUGCGCCGAGCCCAUUCUCCUCAAACAGUACGACUGUUUCCUGUAACGCAAAAUGUCACGCAGUACCAACGUCUUAAUCUGAUACCAAGUUGUCCAGGCUCUGUGUCACGGGCUUUAGAAGUCAAGCACUCUGUUCAAACACAAAGUUUGAAUACUGAUAGUCAUGAGGGUAACUCAAGUUCUCCUAUUCCGCCUAGCUCCCCAGUCUCUAAACAGCCCCCAGGGGGUCCCCGAUCUCCGUCUCCUAACCCUGAUCAAGUCUUUCAAGCUGUAGAUCGGCGAAGACAGCCGGCCGCGCCGUCUUAUCAAGAGCAUAUGCAGCGUAGGAGAGAACUGAAUCCAAAGCCCGCGUUUUUCCCGGGGUUAGACACAAAGGAUGUGAAAGAUGUGGACUCUAGCAGGGAACAAGGUUCUCCUAGGGAAAGUAAGGAAUUUGUGGAUUUUAAAGAGCAGGUACAACAGUAUCGUGUUGCAGGAAGACCUGGAUUUUUUCACGAUCGGUUGGAUUCUGAAAGAAGUGAGACUUCCUCGGGUCCUCGAACCCCUCUUUCCUCGUCAAGCCAGCAUGAAAAUGUGUUUGAACAAGUAGAUGAUUCUUCUGCGAGUUCUGUAGCGAAUACGGGUGUCCGGAAACUCGAACAUUCACCAUUUGGACUGAACCUGCAUCAUAAGAGAAACAUCAGCGAAGGAUCUUAUAAAAAACAAACUACAGAAAAUGCUAGGAAACCUAUUUCAUCAAGUGCAAGCUCUGGCCACCUUCGUUCCACCAGUAGUUCUGUUUCAUCAAAUGUUUCAAAUUCCAUACCUCAUAACUCUUCUCUCACUCAUUUUCCUCACUCGGAGAUCUUCCCACACGAAGCUCAGACAAAAACGCAUUGGGGUUCUUCGGUAGAUACUCGAGGAACUUCGGCAGUUCCGAGCUCUAACUCGCCUGGCGCUUUCCGACUUCGGAGAGGCAGCGCAACUUCUUCGUCGUCGUCUGUGUCGAGUUUGGAUGAACGAUCCAGCAUCGGCAACGACUCGACGUUUUCUGAAGGGAAAACGGACGUGACGCAGAUUCGUGAUAUCAAGGAAUUGCUCAGUGAAACUACUCAGGCGAACGGACUGAAAAUCAGUCCUCAAACCGCACAGGCGAUAGCUAAAGUACGCACUCCGUACCAUACACAACCGAGCACACCGUACACGGUCCCCUCUCAUGAUGAUAUCGAAAAAAUUCUGUCCACAGAAGAAUCUUACGUCUAG